AUAAAAGUAGUAUAUGUAUAUUUUAACUGUGUGAGCUAGCGCCUUUAAACCACAACCAUAGAACGUGGCUGUGAAUAAUAACAGAUAAGAUUUUGACCCCGCAUGUACACUUGAGGUACAUUUAUUAAGUGUAGAAGUUUUGGAUUUCAUAUAACAUAACCAAAAAUGGCAGACGAUGGUGCUAUUGUUCCACUUCCGGAGAUGCGCGCCUUCGUCGUCCGGUGUAUGGCGGCUGUGGGGAUCCCGGAGACGGACGGAGGCGCGCUGGCGGAGCUGCUGGUAGCUGCAGAUUACAGGGGACACUAUAGCCAUGGGUUAAAUCGACUCGACAUGUACAUCACGGACACAACAAGUAAAACCAUGGCGACUUCCGGUAAGCCGAUCGUUGUCAAGGAAACGGUGGCCACCGCCCUUGUUGACGGAAAUAACAUAUUAGGGCCAGUGGUCGGGAAAUUCUGUAUAGACUUGGCCAUAGAAAAGGCGAAAAAUGCAGGAAUCGGAUGGGUAACCGCCAGGAGAUCAAACCAUUUCGGUAUCGCCGGCUGGUAUGGAAUAAGGGCCAUGGAGCAGGGAAUGAUUGGAAUGGCUUUCACUAACACAUCUCCACUGUUAGUACCGACGCGGGCAAAAGAGUCCGUUCUUGGCACCAACCCGAUAUGUGUGGCAGCGCCUGGUAACCAUGGAGACGGGUUUGUCCUUGACAUGGCGACCACUGCUGUAGCCCUGGGGAAGCGUGUACUGGGCACUAACCCGAUCUGCGUCGCAGCGCCUGGUAACCAUGGCGACGGGUUUGUCCUUGACAUGGCGACCACUGCUGUAGCCGUCGGCAAGAUUGAGCUGGCGGACCGGAAGGAGCAGCCAAUCCCGGAGGGCUGGGCACUUACACCGGAAGGGGCACCCACAAAGGACCCCAAACAGGCGGAAGGGCUCUGUCCGCUAGGAGGCGCAGAAAACACGUCUGGCUACAAGGGGUAUGGAUUAUCGAUGAUGGUGGAGAUUUUCUGCGGUAUCAUGGGCGGGGCCAAGUACGCUCACCACGUUCGCAAGUGGAAAGACCCGGUCCAAAACGAGGCAAACCUAGGACAGUGUUUCGUGGCGAUAGACCCCCGGGCGUUUGCGGACGGUUUUGAGGACAGGAUGAGUGAUCUCAUUGACUACUGCAGAAAUCUUCAACCGGCGGAAGAAGGAGUGGAAGUAAUGGUUCCUGGUGAUCCGGAACGGAAACACAUGGCCAAGUGUGACCAGCAAGGAGGCAUACUCUACCACCCCAACCAAAUUAAAUUUGCGCACGACAUAGCGGCGAAGCUCAACAUAGCACCAAUGAAAAUUUUGUAAAUUUAGUUGUAGGAAUAAAGUGUGAAAACUGUUGAAUUUUGGUUAAAAACAUCAUUUUUGAAUUAC